AUGGCGGUUCCCAGGCAGCGGAUAUUGGAUCUCAUGAAGGUCCAAUGCAAAGUCUUCAGCACCACAUACAACCCCCAACGGCUCCGUCUCGGAUCGCGCAUCCUCCACCAGCGCCUCAAGGGUCCUUCAGUCGCAUCGUACUACCCGCCGCGGAUAGGAACAAUCAGCCAAUUGCGAAGUCUGUAUCCUGAGAAUGAGAUCAUAGACGAAGACGAGGAGGACUGGAUCGAGCACCUCGGUGUUGCGCGGUCACGAGGCAAGGGCACGCCCAAGAAGAAGCGGACUGCUGCUGAAUCGAAGAAGUUCAACAAGCGCAGGUAAAUGCGCGUCAGCAGAGGUGUACUAUAAACGAAGCAUUGGAUGGCGUUACACUCGGUCUGGCUCAGAUCUGUACAUAUAUCAAAUGGUAUAUCCCGGUCACUUC